AUGCCACCGAAACAAUCCAGAGCUGAUACCGACACCGUCUAUCGCUCAGAAACGCCAUUACGACAGAAGAAGUUCCCCAAUCGACGACGCACUGUACGCACAUCCGGCGUCAGUACCCCAGCUCCGCUACGCCAACAGUCCACUCUGACCCAACAACCACACUGGACCGUAUCGCGGACUCCGCCAGGUGCUGAACUCGAAGAUGAAGUCGAGCAUGAAGACGAAGACUACGAAGAGGAUGAGCUGGAGGAAUUAAGGCCCAGAAGGAAGAAGAGAAAGAGCGAGGGAGAUGGCAGGAGACAGACAACCUUGACACAAUACGUCCCAUCCUCUUUCAUCGGCGAACGCCACGACGGACCGGCUGAUCGCCUGCUACAAUUCAUUGGACCCGACAUUUUCGAUGGCGUCCGAGAUUCACAGUCGCAACCAGCACACGAUAGUCACGAUGGUCAUCUCCAGGCAGAGAUACACGCUGUCCAUGACCCGAUCGUUCAUCCAGAACAGGACGAAAACGUAGAGACGCGACGAGACGAGGAAAAGCAGAGCCAGAGGACACAGUCUAGCUCGGAACGAGGCGAAGAAAGAGUUGACUCGGCCUCUGCGAAGCAGCAGGCGCGAUCGCGUCCAAGCCCAGAGCUGCCCAUAUCUGCUAUGAAUCUAAGGACGCCGAGGAGAAAAUUCAUGUCCGAGAUUCCAUCAUCAAACACUCCACAAAGCGCCAUCAUAUCCAUUUGCUCAGCCAAGACGAUGCGCUCACCUGAGCGUUCGCCUCUACGGAACAAAAGCAACAAUGCAUUCUCGCAACAUCGCGCGUUCGAGGAUACGAGAAUGAGUCCCGUUCCUGAGAGUCCUACGAAGCCCAUCUCUCCCUUCCGUCUAUCACCGCUCAAGAAUCGACCUACCUUCCGUAUACCAGACAAGCCUCCGACACUCCAGCAUCGUAGUACUAUUCCAGACUCCGAAGACACAGCCACCCAAGUGACUCCGUUCAAGCAAAACAAGUUCCGCAGCCAGAUACCCGAUACCCAGAUGGACAUGUUCGGCGAAGAAAUCGCCCCUGUCACCGAAACACAAUUUCCAGUUGACAACUACACUCAGUAUGCCGGAGGAACAUAUUACGCCGAAAACGAUGAUUACGACUACAACUUCGAUCCGGUCUGCAGUGCUUUGGAUCGUGAUGCCGCCCGUUUCCUGCAAACGCAAUUACAACGAGAUCGCCUUGGCUUCGAAAUCUUUCACAACAGCCGAAGCUUCUCUCAAGCCGAGCGGGACCGCGCUGAGAAAGAGCCUGAAGCAAAGCAGAUCGAAAAGAACCUAGAACUCAACUUGGUCACAGAACAGCAAUCUCAAGAACUCGGCGAUGAACUGCCUGUCCCGACUUCAAGGCAUGAGCCGAUUGAGCAAGACUUUGAGGAUCCUCCUACUCAAUCACCACGAUCAUCUCCUCAACAGCCUCCACGAGUGUCCUACGAGUCAGACGAAAUAGAGGAAAUAGACUUGUCGGGUGAUAUUGUUCUGCCGAAGACUAUAAUGAGGGAGGUGAUACAGAUUGCCUCUUCUCCGAACAGCAAGAGUGUCAGUAGCGGAAAGUAUCCGUCUUCACCACCUCUUGUUGUCGAAAACGAUGCACGUCUUCGAGCAGAAGCCGAAGCUGAGGAGCUGCGGAACAAUGCCGAACGCCACUCAUCUCCUCCCCUACCAAUCAUCUUACCAAUACCCCCUUCACAGGUCAGCACGGUUGGUGGUACACAGCUGUUUCAUUCACUCAGAAAACACGCUCAGAAGACUGCGUAUGUGAGUAGUAGUCCACCACCUAUGCCGCCUUCCACAUCUUCGCCACCACCUGAAGCGAGAGAACACCUGAGGCGGCUUCUCGGGAUGUAUCCCUCAGAUGACGAGGACGAUAUGGACGAAGAUGAGCCACAACCACCGCCCUACGACGAAGAUGAGGAUGACAUGGAUCUCGACUUUGUGCCUCAACGAUAUCAAGACAGGGAUCACGUCGUCGAAAGUGAUAAUGAGGACGAGUCGGAGGAUGACGGUGAUCAUUCAAAGCUCAGAGACAUAUUGCCUGAUACUCUGCUUGACUUUUCUUUGCCGCCACCGCCCACGCAGAGUUCAGUAAGAAGUACAAGAUCUGGACGACCUGAUGUGAACUGA